AUGUCUUCACAUUCCCAUGUCGCGGAAAUCCGGCAUGCGAUAGAUAAUGUAACAUUGGUGUGUCAGGAUCCUCACAACACCGUCAACGUCAGGGGUUUUUGGAGCGGCAAAAACCCCCUGGACUCCUCCACUUCUCUUCUUCUGGUGCAGUUAUCAAUCAUCACAUUUGUUUCUACCUUCGUCAAUCUUUGGCUUCGACAAAUAGGACAAUCCAGCGUUGUUUCUAACAUUUUUAGUGGUAUACUAUUCGGUCCAUCUGCCCUGGGACAUUUCAAGCAACUCGCCGAAACCCUUUUCCCUCUAGAAGGCAUCAUUGUGCUCGAAACACUUGCAACAUGGGGACUCACGUACUUCCUGUUUUCGAUAGGAGUGAAGAUGGAUGCCGGAUCAAUGAUACGUCCCCAACGGAAAUGCAUGGUCAUCGGAUCAUCAUUGUUCUUUUGUACAUUGUUACUCCCUCAGGGACUAACCUUCCUCUUGAUACGUUUGGUCCCUAAAAUGGACACGACGCUUCAGAAAGCACUACCAUUCAUAUCUGCUACGCAGGCUAUAUCAAGUUCAGCUGUGGUUGGUUCUCUACUUACCGAGCUCAAGCUGCUGAACACUGACAUCGGCCGCACGGCGGUCUCAACGGCACUGUUUUGUGAUGUUAUUGGCAUAAUAAUGAGUGCGUUUGCUAUUGCAAUGAGUGAUAGGAAGAACAAAGGUACAAUAAUACCAUGGUUGGCAGUGAUACAAGCAGCUGCUCUUGUGCUUGGCAUUAUCUAUAUCUGCAGGCCAUUCAUGAUGUGGAUGCGAAACCGGGCAGAGGAAAAAAUGUUGUCAGGGAGUCGCAUAUUUUCAUCAUCUUCGUUCUUUUGUGUUAAGGUUGGAACAGUAAUGUUGGCAGCCUGCUAUUAUGAACAGACUUUGCGUGAAGCUUUCGUGCUCGGGCUUAUUCUCAAUGCAAAAGGGAUCACUGAGCUUGUGAUGUACAAUAUUUGGAAGCAAACCAAGUUGCUGAGCGAUCAAGAAUUUGCGCUAGCUGUGGUCAUGGUAGUAGCGGUAACAGCUUGUCUAACACCCUUGAUAAAACUUCUCUAUGAUCCCUCACAGCAAUUCUCAGCUACCAAAAGAAGUACAAUCCAGCAUUUGAAGCGCGAGACAGAGUUCCGAAUCAUGGCCUGCAUCCAUACCCAGGAGAACGUUCCCACAGUGAUAAACAUUUUAGAAGUAUCAAAUUCUACAGAAGAGAACCCUGUUGCAGUUAUAGCCCUCAUCCUCGUCGAGCUUGUGGGACGAAGCACCCCUGUUCUCGUAGCACACCACCCCGGGGACACAAUAGAAAGCAGCAUCGGCAGCAGCACAUCAAAGUCCAACCAAAUUAUCAAAGCCUUGGGGCAGUAUACUGAGUGCAAUGAAGGGCGCGCCACCCUCCAACCAUUCACUUCCAUCUCACAUUAUCAGACAAUGCAUGAUGACAUUAUGAGGGUAGCAUUUGAGAAGAGGGCACACAUUGUGAUCCUGCCGUUUCACAAGACUUAUGCUAUAGAUGGCACCAUUGGAUCAGUAAACAGAGCGCACCAGUCCCUGAACCUCAGCGUACUUGAAAAGGCUCCUUGCUCUGUUGGAAUCCUCAUUGAUCGUGGGAUCCUUGGUGGUUCAAUGUCAGUUCUCACCAGCCAGUAUAUAUACCAUGUUGCUGUGAUCUUCUUAGGUGGUGUAGACGAUGCAGAGGCACUGGCCUAUGGCUCUCGCAUGGCGAGUCAUCCAAAUGUGGACUUAACAGUUGCACGGUUUCUUCUCUUUGGAGAAGAAAACUGUAAAGAGAGAAAGCGGGAUACCGACUUACUUGAAGAAUACCGACGAGCUCAUGUCGGAAAUGAGCGGUUUGUUGUGGCGGAAGAAGUGGUAAAAGAUGGAGCGAAGCUGUCUUCUGUUAUUAGAUCAAUGGUAGAUUGCUUUGAUUUGAUGUUGGUGGGCAUGCAUCAUCAGGACACUCCCCUUCUUUCGGGGCUUGGUGAGUGGAGUGAGUGCCCAGAGCUUGGUAUCAUCGGCGAUAUGCUUGCUUCACCGGAUUUUCGUUGCUCACUUUCAGUACUAGUGGUGCAACAACAAAGAAUAGCAGGAAAACCAAUUAGUCGGACUGCAAAACCAGUUGAUAAAGAACCACUAAUUCAUGAUGUCCCAGAUGAACAAGUAAGAUCAUCAUGGACGAUUACAGUGAAUGAAGGAAAUAGGGGUUAG